AUGGAUAAUAAAAAAAGUAAUAUUUUUAAUUGUGAUAUAUUAAUAUGUGGAACAGGUUUGCUGAACACAUUGUUAUCAGUUUAUUUUUCUAUUAAUAAUUAUAAAGUAAUAAAUAUUGAUAAAAAUAACUAUUAUGGUGAUGUAAACUGUUCAUUAAAUUUUAAUCAGUUUGAAUAUGAAAAGAAAAAUUUAGAGAAUUUUUACGAAGAAUAUAUACCUUUUUCAAAUUUAAACAAAAGAAAAAAAGAACUCCUUAAAGAAAUAAUUGUGAAUUAUUUUCAAUUAAAUAGUAAUAAAUUUAAUAUUGAUUUAAAUCCAAAAAUAAUAUACAAUGAAAGUAAUAUAGUUAAUUUAUUAGUCAUUUUAAAUGCUCACAUUUAUAUAAGCUUUAUAGGCAUACAAAAUUUUUAUUUAACUUAUAGAAAAAGUAGUCAAAUUGAAACGAAUACAAAAAAUGAUGAAGAAAAAGACCAUAUAAAUGAUAAAGUAUUUACAUUAGAUAAAAUCAAAAAUAGUUGUAUGAAUGAUCAAAAAGGGGAAAAUAAAAAAUCAGAAGGAAUAAUUGAAAAAAACGAAAAUGAAAUAAACAUUGGAAAUGAAGCAGAGAAAAAUAUUAAUAAAAUCAAUGAUACAGUUGGCAAACAUACCAAUAAUAUUUGCACUAAAACUAAUGAGGAUAAAGAUGAUUUAAUUACACUAAAAAUACCUUUGAAUAAAUCACAAGUUUUUCUAGACUCUAAUUUAAAUCUUAAUGAAAAAAGAAUGAUUAUGAACUUUAUUUAUAAACAUAUUUCUUAUGAUAAAAAUUAUACCUUCUCUAACUUAUCUAACUACUCAUUUUUAAAAAAAACAAAUACAAGAAAAGAAAUUUUAAAAAAUAAUGAAAAUUUCUUAAAUGAAGAAAAAAAUAUAUCAUCUGAUAAAAUCAACGAAAAAGAGAAAAAUGAAAAAGAUGAAAAUAAUAAUAUAAUAGAUGAAGAAGAAAGUGAAAACAUUAAUAUUUUAGAAUAUUUAAAAACAUUUAAUAUUACUGAUAAAAUAACAGAUUAUAUAAUAUAUGGAAUAGGUUUAUUUGAUUUAUCAUUAGAAUAUAAUAAAAAUAUAAAUAUUUCAAAUUAUUAUUUAAAUGGUUAUACAAAAGAAAAAAAAUAUUUUAUGAAUAAAAAGGAGUUUUUGCAACGUUUUCACAUUUUAAUAAAUUCUCUAAAUAAAUUUAAAUUACAAAAUCUUUUUGAGAAUGCUUUUAUUUAUCCAUGUUAUGGAUUAAAUGACAUUGUAUAUGCAUUAUCAAGAAUUUCCUGUCUAAAUAAUUCCAUAUAUAUGAUUAAUAGAAAAAUUCAAAAUAUAUUAUAUGAUGAAUUUUAUAUUAACAAAAAAGGAGAAAAAAAAGGAGAUACUUUACAAAUAAAAGAAGUAAUAUUAGAUAAUGGAUACAAGAUUAGAACUAAAUUUUUGAUUUCAUCUGGAUCUAAUAUGAACUUUAAUGAAAUGAAAAAGUACAUUUUAAAAAAAAAAAAUUAUAAGAAUUCUAAAAAAAAAAAAAAAGUGCAAAUAAAAACUAAUAGAUUAAUAGUUUUAAGUACCUUUUCACUGAUAGGUAAAAGUGGACUUUCUUUUUAUAUACAUAAACAAAAAAAAUCAGAAGAAAAUGAAAUAGGAGAUGAUAACUCUUAUUUUUGUGUUCAUAUUUUACAAUUAGAUUAUGGUAGUGGUUCUUGCCCCCCUGGUUUCUUUUUAACUUACUUUACUUAUUUAGAAAUUGAAAAGGAUAUAAAAAUUAAUUCGAAUAAUUCGGAUAAUUCUAAUAUAUAUAAAAAUCAACAUAAUGAGAAUAAAAUACAUAAUACAAAAUCUCAGAAGCCAUCAAAUUUUAUUUUACUAUUAGAUGUGUUAAUAUUAUUUGUUAAUAAAAAUAAAAAUAGAAACAAUUCUGCCUACUCAUCUAUACCACUGAAAGAUAUGUGUGAUGAAAAAAUAUUGGAAAAAAUAAAGAUUUUUUUAAAUGAUGAAGAGUUAAAAGAAAAACAACAAGUUGAUUACAGUAAUGACUUAAAAAAUGAAAAUAAUGAUGAAAAAAAAGAUUUUUUCAUAAAUUCUUUAAAUGAUUUAUUGAUAAAUGAAGGAAUUAUUUAUUGUGGUUAUUAUGAAUACAAACCUAUGAUAUAUAGAAAAGACACUAUCAAAAUGAUUAAUGAAAAUCUAGAAAAUUACAGAAGUAUAUUUGAAAAUAUAAAAAAUGAAAACAAAGAAAUGAAUGAAGAAGAAAAAGAAAAAAAAGAAUUAAAUCAAAGUUAUUCUGACAAAACAAAUAAACAAAAUACAAAUGAGUAUAAAAAUUAUGAAUUUAAUCAAGUAAAUAAUGAUUUUAAUAAUUACAUUAAUAAUGAUAUUACUCAAUUAAAUGAAAAUAAACAUAUAUGCAACUUAUUAUUCACAAAUGAUAUUCACAACUAUCCUAUUUAUCCUAUGAUUGAAGAUGUUUCUAUGUUUUUUUAUAUAAUAAGUAAUAUUCAUAAAAAUUUUCAAAAAAAGAAAAAUGAAACCAUAUACGACACAUUUAAUGAUAUGAAAACUUUGUUUAAUUAUCAACCUAUAUAG